AUGUCUAAAAAAGUUGCACUUGUAGUUAUUGAUCUCCAGGAAGAUUUCUUACCUACUCAUGGCUCAUUGGCUAUCAACGAAGGAAGAUCAAUUGUGCCUGCAAUCAAUGAAUUAAUCACCAAUAAGAAAUAUAACUGGUCAGCAAUAAUAGCUACUCAAGAUUGGCACCCCAGAGAUCAUACCUCAUUUGCAUCACAACAUAAUGUUGACCCCUUUUCAGAAUUAGAAUUUAAACAUCCAAAGGGGGAGAUUGACGCUAAGACCAAUGAGGUCAACACAAUGAAACAGUAUGUUUGGCCCGAUCAUUGUGUUCAAGGUACCCCUGGGGCUUGCAUUGAAGCCCUGUUCUUGGGGGUCUUUAAUCUGAUUCGUCCGGAAGUUCCUAAAGCGAUUGUAAAGAAGGGAUAUUUACAAGAUCGGGAAUAUUAUUCAUGUUUUGAAGAUGCUUGGGGAAUUCAUCAUACAGAAAUGGAGAAACUUCUAAGAGAUAAUCAUAUUACUGAUGUUGUAUUUGUUGGAUUGGCUUAUGAUUUUUGUGUAUUGAAUUCUUCAUUAGAUUGUGCUAAAUGUGGAUUUAAUACUUUCGUAUUAAAGAAUUAUUCAAAAUCUGUUUAUCCAGAUAAAGAAGAAGAAACUGAGAAGUUAUAUACUGAACGUGGAGUGACGAUUAUUAAUGAUGAUAGCUUUGUUAAAUUAUUUUAA